ACCGGAGAAGUUUCCCUGUGACGGUACUGGCGUGAUUUCGUCAGAAGAUAUGAUCACCAACGAUAACAGUUGCAGACAAACCACUGACGAACAUUUACAGCGUGACAUUAUCUGUCAUCAUACUGUUGAAGUUGAUAAGCAGCAUGUAAGUGUUACAUCUGAUACACCAUCUGCGGGUUCUGAGGAGCAGUUUGACUAUGCAUCGAUAGCUAACGAUGACGGUUCUGAGAAAGCAGGUCAUUCGCAUGAUCAGUCAGAAAAAGGCCACCAUGACCACAGCGAAGGGAAACUUUUUGGAUCAGAGACUGAUCCGGGUAGCUUGGAUAUUCCAAACGAAACCCAAGUGAAAAGGGCAACUGAACGUAAAACGAUGGGCAAAAAAAUAGAAUCACUAUUCAAGGAAGGAAUAUCAUGGUUGGAAAUUAAACAGUACAACAACGGAUUUGCUAUCUUUGCGAAACUUUUACAAAGUGCACCUGCCCUUUCUGAUGAAUAUAUCUCAAAGAUCAUCAAUCGUAUCGGCACGUAUUUAGAGGACUCUGACGAUCCAGACAUUCCUGAAGACCUGAUACAAAUUCCCGAUAGCCACCUGAUCCAGAUUUUGAAAGGUCUACUGGACAGGAGAAAAUGGAUCCCUUUUCUCAGUAUAGUCCGUAAACACCGCGAAUCCAAUGCCUCCAAAGUGACGUUUAUGGAACUCGUAGGCGAAAUAUGUUUAGAGGCUGUUGUGGGAGAUCCACAGUUUCUGAGAAAUACAAAAAGAUUGGACAAUUUGAUGAGGAGUUUAUUGGAUAUAGGAGCAACUAUACCGAAUGAGGGAAAAAUUUGUUUCCAAGCAUGCAUAAAAAAUGGCCACUAUGGGAUCCUCCCCUUACUACUGUCGAAGGGCGCUCAUCCAAAACACCUGAUCAUAUACACCGGUGACACGCCUGUACAUGCUGCAUUAACGAUCGCGCUUACAAAAGUUCCAGGACAUUUCGAAGCUCUUGAAUUGCUGUGCAAGAAGUUCGAAGAAGAUCCACAAGAAUACAACAUGUGUGAUCCCACAGCAAAAGACAGAUAUGGAGACGGACUGCUGCAUUUAGCCCUUCGCCAAUCAGGCGGUAGUCAAUUUGGAAAAGCUAUUGAUAUAUUGUCCCAGCAUAUCCAAAACCCUUCAGCACUCAAUUUUAAGAAUAAGAAAGGACAGUAUCCGUCAGAUUGUGCAAAAGGGAUUUACUCGCCAAUUCCCGAUCGACCAAGGCGACAAAAGCGAAAGAAAAAAAUCGCGACGAGAAGAAGAGGGGAAGAAAAAAAUGGAGGAGAGAGAAGAUGAUGUGCCGCAAGAAGAAGGGGAGGUGAACGAGGAUGUGACGCAGGAGAAGAAAAUAGAGAGAGGUGUAUAACAAAAGUAAAAAGUAAAGGCGGAUGAAGUGCCAGAAGAAGGGACAGAAAAACAGAAAAAUAUGCAGGGAAGGAGGAAGAGGGAAUGAUGAUAACAUAUUCAAAGGAAAAGCUACAGGAUACUGAAUGUUAAGUAGAGGUUGAGGACUAUAAGGUGAAAGAAGAAUAUGACGAUGAGGAUGUACAGAAAUGUUCGUAAAGACGAAUAGGUACGUACGUAUUGGAAGCAAUGACACCCGUAUCGAACUUCAUCUCGCAUAUCCCAUACCCUAGUACCGUGCUCUUUCAAUUUCAAAUGUUCACCUCCGGUACCAUACUUUAUUCUCAGCAAAAACCUCGCUUUUACCUCAACUCUAAGACCGUGGUUCGAAUUUCUGAAUUCUUUAUUUAUACAUUGUAUGACAGAUUGUACAUUGUACUAAUUUCAUCCCAGCAGCUUCAAAUGAAUUAUUCGACCAUGUAUUAAUAGUCAGUUGGUUUACACUGUGAAUAGUUUAAACACUACUUUAUACCCUAUGCUGAAUCAGACUUCCAGAAAAAAAGUGCCUCUGAUUGACAAAUUGAUCAAUUAGUCUGUUAUCUUAUUAGCAUCAAGCGAAGAUGAAAUGGUUUUGGGGUCGCCAUGUAGAUCGAAUUUCUAC